AUAUAUACAUAUACAUGAUGGGCUUCUUUCAGAUUCCAUCCACUAAAUCCAGUUACAACACUUUGGUCAGUUUGAUGCUAUAGUAGAAGACACUUGCCCAAGGUACUACACAUUGGGACUGAACCUCGAAUCAUGUGGCUGGGAAGCAAAUUUAUUAACACUCAGUUACGCCUAUACCUAUGCUUAGACAUUCUACAUAUAAAAUCGAUGGAGAAUAAUUAGUGAGUAAAACAACUUUAUUCUUCUUUCAGGUUAUAAAAAAUAUUCACAAAAUGUGAUGAGGUCAGAAUUCAAAAACCUCAGUCUCGCAGCUGAAAUGACUAAAGAUUGAGAUAAUGUUUUUUAGACAGACAGCUCCGACAAUCGAUACAGAAUGGAGAUUUCACACAACUAGUGAUAUUUUACUGUAUGGAUAUUUAUAUGCCUGGUUAAGUGAUUUCCUUGAGGGAAUGAUUUACCACAGAUAGAUGAAGUAUUGAAGGCUGAUCUCAAAAUCUUGAACCUUACAAAGGAGAUGACAGACGACCGAGAUAUGUGGUGUAUUGCUGUACUGGAGAAGACCUGCCCACCACAACGGAAUUGGGAUCCUGAUACCAAGGUGUUAUGUAAAAAGCACUCGAGAUGGGGCUGUGUCUGAAUCACCCAGUACACUCUGUGCAGUGGUUGGCAUUAGGAAAGUUAUCCAGCCAUAGAAACCAAGCCAAAACAGACUAUGGAACCUGGUGCAGCCCCUAGCCUCGUCAGUUCCUGCCAAGCCAUGGAAAACAGGAUAUCAGAUGACAUUGGAUUUAAAGAAUUAUGUUUUACCCUGGAUGUGUCACCAAUAUUUAUCAUCAUUCAAGAACCAAAAGAACAUGUUAUUUUUUUCAUAAAACCUGUGAUAUGUUUCCUCAGAACUGAAGUAUAUAGUAAAAAAAAAAACAAUGUCUUUACUUCAUUGUCUGAAAUGUGUACCUGAAGGAUGUGGAUUCUAAUUUAAUUCACAUUACAAAGUAAUUAGCAGCAUCCACAGAUAUUGACUAAAAUUACAGUUGAUAUAAAUAUUCUUUUCUACUCUAGGUACAAGGCCUGAAAUUUUGGGGGAGGGGGCCAGUUGACCAGAUUGACCCCCCAGUACACAACUGGUACUUGAUUUAUCGACCCCAAAAUGAUGAAAGGCAAAGUCAACCUUGGUAGAAUUUGAACUCAGAACAUAGCGGAAGAUGAAAUACCACUAAGCAUUUUGCCUGGCGUGCUAGCGUUUCGUUUCUAUUCUAGGCACAAGGCUCAAAAUUUAUGGGGAGGGAGCCAGUCGAUUACAUUGACCCCAGUACAUAACUGGUACUUAAUUUAUCUACCCCCGAAAGGUUGAAAAGUAAAGUCGACCUCGGCGGAAUUUGAACUCAGAACGUAAAGACAGACGAAAUACUGCUAAGCAUUUUGCCUGGUGUACUAGCAUUUCUGCCAGCUUGCUGCCUUAGUUGAUAUACAAAUAUUGCAAAAGAAAUAUGUCUUAGGAAUUAAAUAUAUGUGUGUGUGUGUGUGUGUCUGUAACUGUUCAGAAGAAAAACACUUGUGUAGUAUGGUGAGAGAAGAAAAAUUAUGGAAAAUGAAUUGUGUGAGAGCACAGGUAAAUAUGAAACACAAACUGAAAUGUUUGGUUUUUCUGAUGAGACACCAAAAGAUUCCGAAACAGCAUUAUACCAGUGUGAUAUAUGUAAAAGAUCUUUCUCUCAAAAAUGUGAUCUCACUACACACCAACUUGUUCAUACAAAAAAGAUGCCACAUUCGUGUGAUAUCUGCGAUAAAUCCUUCUCUCUAAGUCAUCACUUAACUGUGCACAAACGCAUUCAUACAGGAGAGAAGCCAUAUCAUUGUGAUACUUGUGGUAAAUCCUUUCCUACAAGUAGUAACUUAAAUAAACACAAACGCAUUCAUACAGGAGAGAAACCAUAUCGCUGUGAUAUCUGCGGCACAUCGUUCUCUCAAAAUGACCUCUUAACUAAACACAAACGCAUCCAUACCGGAGAGAAACCAUAUCACUGUGAUAUCUGUAGUAAAUCAUUCUCCGAAGGAAGUACGUUGAGAAAACACAAACGCAUUCACACAGGAGAGAAGCCAUAUGAUUGCGAUAUCUGUGGGAAAGCAUUCUCUCAAAAAACCAACUUAACUAAGCACAAGCUCAUUCAUACAGGAGAUAAGCCAUAUCAGUGUGAUAUCUGUGGUAAUUCUUUCUCACAAAAUUAUCUCUUGACUAAGCACAAACAGAUCCAUACUGGAGAGAAGCCAUACGAUUGUGAUGUUUGUGGUAAAUCCUUUUCUGUGAGUAGUAACCUAACCACGCACAUACGAACUCAUACGGGGGAGAAGCCAUAUCACUGUGAUAUCUGUGGUAAAGCAUUCUCUUUGAAUUAUUACUUGUUUAUCCACAAACGCAUUCACACGGGUGAAAAACCAUACCACUGUGAUGUCUGCAGCAAAUCGUUCUCUCGUAACCAUGACCUAACCAUCCACAAGCGUUAUCAUACAGGAGAGAAGCCAUAUCACUGCGAUGUCUGUGGCAAGUCGUUUUCUGCAAGUGGUAACUUAACGAAACACAUACGCAUCCAUACGGGAGAGAAACCAUAUCACUGUGAUAUCUGUGGUAAAUCAUUCUCAGCAAGUUAUAACUUAACGGAACACAUGUGUAUUCAUAAAUGAGAAAAGAAUAUCAUCGUUUUCUCCACUUAUCACUAAAUCAUCACCAUCAUCAUCAUUUAGCAUCCUCUUUUCCUGGCAUGGGUUAGAUGGUUUGACAAAAACCAAUGCAUGGUUUCUACAGCUGGAUGCCUUUCCUAAGGCCAACCACUUAACAGAGGGUACUAGGUGCUUUUUAUGUGACACCAGCACUGGUGAGGUCGCCAAGUACCCACAAGAUAAAAACCACUCAACUGAGUCAGGUUUAGACUGGAGAAAGAAAAAGUAUCGCAGAGGGAGAGGAGCAGAUUUCUUGCUGAAGAGGGAGAAAGACUGAGAACAAAGGGUGUUUAUUUACCUGUGUAUGUGUGCGUAGACGUCACUUUGGCGACAUCUGUUUCUGCCUUUAGGUUGUAAAAUUGCAAAUAAGCCACCCAUAUUAUUUAUAUAUAUCUCAUCAUCAUCAUCAUCAUCCAGUGCUUUAAAUCCGGGUUUUGUCCCCGUUAACGGGGAUGGCCAGAGCUACCUCAGUGACAUAAGGCAAUUUUGGAGCUGGAUUUUCUACAGAGAGGGAGCAUGCCCUUGCUUACCCCACAACCUCAGUUUCUAGACAUGAGUGGUCCCGAGACCAAGGCCUCUACUAUGAUUAUAUAUAUAUAUAUAUAUAUAUGCACGUAUCUAGCAUGAAGAACUUAAGCGAGCUGCACGAAAGCGCAUGGCUCAUAUAGCGAAUGGGGAAAGCUUAAUCUGCAAUGUUUGCAGUCGUGUAUGCUUUUCAUGAGCCGCAAAUGCAAAAUAUAAGUUAGUCCUAGAGCGCACAAUGUUCCUGAAGGUCGAUCACGAGUGGACGGCCAUCAUCAUAUAUAUAUAUAUAUACAUCUCUGGGAGAGCAGUGUCCUCUCCAAAUGGAGCUGCUCAGACACCCAUGCAGCAACCGAAUCCUACCGCUGUCUUGGGUGACAAGGAGACGACUUUAUAUCCAGCAUGCUCGGUCAAGAGUGGACAGCCAUCAUAUAUAUAUAUAUAUAUAUAUACACUCACACAUAUUCUAAUCAAAUUAGAAGCUCUUUUAUAAGAACUGCCUGAAAAUGUGUACUCCAAAAAAUAAAGAAUUUGUACCACUUUGAACAAGAA